ACGGAACAGUAUAAUCCGAGAGGAUUGCAGAGUCUCAUAACUUAGUUCCUGAGUUUGUAGUUAUUGGGCUCUUUAAGUUCAAGGCUUGCUCAAAAAGUAAAAAAAAGUGUAAUUAUACCAACUAUAAUAUGUACGCUUAUUUUUAUUGUCAUUGGUACAGGGCGAGGCUUUGUUUCAAACCCAUGAGAAUUUGGAUUGGCCAGAAGGUGCAACCCCAAGGGAGAGUAUUAAAGCUGUUCAGAAGCUUCAUCGUCUUCAGGUUUGUUUUCCUUGUAAUGUUUGGAACUAGUAUGUUUCAUUGUAGGGGAAUGUUAUUUGUGGGUGUUUUAAUCAACAGAUUCAUGUUCUGGUUCUUCUCCUGUGUUUUCCCACGGUGCACAAUUAUUUUCCUUAGCAUUGGUUUUGGUCAUAUUUGAACAUUUGUAUGUAGAGAUAGGAAGGAAUAUCAGUCAGUAUCCAUGGCUGCAUCAGUUUCUUCUCCUCAAUCUGGCAGUGGCAACCUUCACGUGUCCUGGCACGAGGGUAUGCUUGCUCAUGACACCGGCAAUGGCGUCUUCGACUCCGGAAUCGAUCCUGGUUUCUUGGACAUCUUAGAAAAACACCCAGAAAACUCUAAAAGAGUCAAGAACAUGCUCUCCAUUCUCAGAAGAGGCCCUAUCUCUCCCUACAUUACUUGGCAUUCUGGAAAACCAGCUCUCACUUCUGAAUUGCUCUCUUUCCACUCCACAGAAUACAUAAAUGAACUAAUUGAAGCUGAUAAAGAAGGGGGUAAGAUGUUUUGUGGAGGGACUUUUUUGAAUCCUGGCUCAUGGGAAGCUGCUCUUCUUGCUGCUGGUACUACUUUAUUAGCUAUGAAGUAUGUUCUAGAUGGACAUGGAAAACUUGCUUAUGCAUUGGUCAGGCCUCCAGGUCACCAUGCUCAGCCUACCCAAGCUGAUGGAUACUGCUUCCUUAACAAUGCUGGUCUUGCUGUUAAUUUGGCUUUGAAUUCUGGCUGUGCUAAAGUAGCUGUGAUUGACAUUGAUGUUCAUUGGUGUGCUCAACUUACCAAUUUCUUUAUUAUCUGAUCCCAUCGCAUAUUACCCAGAGGAUGAAGCCUUUCCUGUAGAGGUUAUUAAGUCCAUAAAGAAAUACCAAACAGACAAGGUACCAUUCAUGAAACAAGCUGAGUUUUAAGUGAAUAAACCUCUGUUAAUAUUAAGCUGGCAUUGUCCAUCAUAAACAAAUCAUAUAGGGAUGGUAAACAUGUUCGUUUCCAUGGCCCUGAUAGUAGCAAGUCUACAUAUUGUCACUAAUUUAGACUUAAUGUUAAGAAAUUUGUUGGGAGUAAAAUAAGAUUUUUUGCAGUAAAAACAUAUUACAUAUAUAUUUUCAUGGGUAGAACUUAUUAGCUUUUGCUUCAGUGAGAAUAUUGUAAUUUUUUUUUUAACUUAAUGGAAGUAAAUGUAGUUAUAAUUUA